AUGGAUAAUUCAAUUAUGAAGUUAAACUGUAAUCGAGCGGUUAAAAGUGAGCACGACGACUCUGCAUCGCUCAUGGCCGAAGAUUCAUUUAGCAACGAGCGAGUACUCGUUGACUAUGGCAAUUAUGAAUACAGGGAUAAUGCUUCAAGUUGCAUUGGACGUGGUUCAUUUGGACGUGUUUUCCGUGGUUUCGAUAUCAGUAAUAGUUUGCCGGUUGCAAUCAAAAAAAUAGCGAGAAUCGACGUGAAACCAAAUGAAUUGAAAGUGAUGAAGUCUGUGAACAGUCCUUUUCUGGUCAACCUUAUUGAUGUUUUCAUAAGUAGUGGUGAUAGCGCAUAUUUCAUAAUGGAAUUGUGCGAUAUUGACUUGGAACAGCAUCUGAAAUACCAAACCUCGAAUGGUGCUUUGUCAAACAACGAUCUGAGGAUAUUAAUGGAUAAUGUCGUUCGUGGAUACAAGGCCCUAUACAAUUGUUGCAUUGUACAUCGUGAUAUCAAACCACAAAAUAUCCUCAUCAAAUACGGUCCUCUUGGUUGUGAAUUUCAAACUGCUAAAAUUUCUGAUUUUGGUAUUUCGCGCAUACUCAGUGAGGGGGAUGAAGAUGGAGCACUUUCGAAUGUUGCCGGCACUUUUUAUUAUAUGGCACCUGAGGUUGGUGCUAAUAUUCUGAAGACAUGCGAGUACGAUUACCAAGUUGACAUUUGGAGUCUUGGAUGCCUAUUCUAUCAAUGUAUUUCUGGACAAGUACCAUUCGACGAAUGUGCUUUAUGCAGAAUAUUUUUGUACGCUGCUUGCGGCAAUUACGAAGCAUACGAGAAACCCGAGUUGCCAGCGGGAACCGAUGAGGAAGUUGAGUUGAUCGUUUCAUCGCUUCUUGAAAUCGACAGCAAUAAACGUCUAACACCACUUGAAGUGUAUGCAGCCGUUUGUACAUGGUCGAGCAGGGGUGCAAGUUGCAUUAGCGAUGAUGCAUGCAGCUAUCAAAGUGACGAUCGACGAGCCUCUAUCACAUAUGUUUGA